CUUCACGGGAGCGCGCGUCCCAUAUGGACAGUGGAGAUGUUGUAGCAAGCUCUCCUCGGUCGGUUGAACACGUUCUCAUCUCAACGCGAUCUCAUCUCGCUCCUGCUGCUUCCGUCAGCGAUUCCUUUUGCGUGAUCCCCACUCAGCAGCUUUUCGAAACUGGCGGAGCUUUUCUUGGGAGCCCUCGGCGUCGGCGUCGUCCUCGGUUCUUUCUUUCUCAAUACUCGGAAACGCACCAGAUCGCCGGCCCCAACUGAUCUUGACAGUCGGGAAAGAGAACGCACCCCCGACCGCACAGAGACGAAGAAGCGCCCGCGUACCCAACAACCACAGAACAUCAAAGAACCGCUUUCCAACAAAAUGUCCGUCGUUGGAAUCGACUUUGGAAGCUUGAACACCGUUGUGGCCGUGGCUAGGAAUCGAGGUAUCGACGUGAUCGUCAACGAAGUCUCAAACCGCGCAACUCCGUCCCUCGUAUCUUUUGGUGAAAAGCAGCGUUAUCUCGGCGAAAGCGCCAAAACACAGGAAAUCUCCAACUUCAAAAACACGGUAUCUGGCCUCAAACGCUUGCUUGGCCGCCCGUACUCGGAUCCGGAUAUCAAGGUCGACAAAAAGUUUAUCAAUGUCAAUCUUGUGGAGGGAGAACGCGGCGAGGUUGCCGCAUCCGUGUGGUAUCAAGAUGAUCAGCGUCAAUACACCUUCACCCAAAUCGCGUCAAUGUUUCUCACAAAGGUCAAAGAAUUUACGAGCAAAGAAAUCGGAACGGCGGUGACGGACGCUGUGAUAUCCUGCCCUGGAUGGUACACGGACCAUCAGAGAAGGGCGCUUUUGGAUGCCGCGGACGUUGCUGGUAUCAACAUCCUGAAGGUCGUCAAUGACACUACCGCGUCUGCUCUUGGUUAUGGUAUCACGAAGACGGACCUUCCGGAUCCCGCUGACAGCAACGUCAAACCCAGGAUUGUGGUCUUCUUUGACCUGGGUUAUUCAUCCACUCAGGUUGCGGUGGUGUCCUAUGUCAAGGGAAAGCUGAUUGUGAAGGGGACGGCAUAUGACCGCAACCUUGGUGGACGGGACUUUGAUGAGGUGUUGGUGGAGCAUUACACCAAAGAGUUCUCCGCCAAAUAUAAGAUCGACAUCCAAAGCAACCCCAAAGCGAUCUUCCGCCUGCGGCAAGGGUGCGAGAAGGUCAAGAAGAUCUUGUCUGCUAACGCGGUCACCGUUCUCAACGUUGAAUGUUUAAUGGAUGACAAGGAUGUUUCUGCUCAAGUGCAGCGAUCUGACUACGAGGAGUGGGCUGCCGCCCUAGUCGAACGUCUUUAUGUUCCCCUGCGAUCCGCCCUCGACGCUGCUGGCGUCGGGCCAGACGAGGUCGAUUUCGUGGAGCUGGUCGGAGGCAGCACUCGAGUUCCCUCUGUAAAGCAAACUUUGGCGGAUCUGUUUGGCCCCGAGAAGCUGUCUACUACCCUCAAUCAAGACGAGGCUGUGGCACGUGGAUGUGCUCUUCAAUGUGCAAUGAUUUCGCCCGUUUUCAAAGUGCGCGACUUUGCGGUCCAGGACUGGAAUGGAUACCCUAUCUCGCUGUCAUGGGAUGCUGCUCUUGCACCGGCCCCGAAAGCUGGUGAGAAGGCUGAAACCGUCAUGGAAGCCUUCCCCGUGGGCAAUGCGAUUCCCAGCUCGAAGAUCAUGACCUUCUACCGAGUCCUGAAAGACAGCGAGCUGUCCAAGAGCAACGGUUUGGUGGCGCUUGACAUCCAAGCCGCAUACAGCGCGACCCGCGCCGAGCGGGCAUAUCCCGAAGGUUUGGGUGCAGCGAUCGGCACGUGGACAUUGAAGGGUAUCAAGAAAGUCGGCGGCACGACUGAGCAGACGGAAGGUGGAGAAGCGAAAGCGAUCAUAAAAGUCAAAGCACGGUUGGAUGGCAACGGGCUGGUAGUGAUCGACAGCGCGAGCCAGAUUGAGGAGCAGCUAGUUCCUGUGACAGACGAAUCGAGAAAGGAGGAGACGAAGAAGGAGGAUGGCAUGGACAUCGACUCACCCUCUACUCCUGAUGCCAGCAAGACCAAGCGCCUGAUCAAGAAACACGACUUGACCAUCACAAACAAAACGGCAGCAGCACCCGUCGAGCUGUUAAACAAAUGGAAGGACGCCGAGGGACAGAUGGCUGCCAACGACCGUCUCAUCAUCGAUACCGCUGAGGCUCGCAAUAACCUCGAAGAGUACGUGUACGACACAAGAUCCAAGCUUGAGAUGGCGUGGAGCGAGUAUAUCACCGAAGCGAACCGCGCGGCCUUCCUGAAAAACCUGAAUGAUAUGGAGGAGUGGCUCUACACCGAGGAAGGUGACACAGCGAGCAAAGGCACGUACACCGAGAAGCUCAACAGUCUCCGAAAAUCGGGCGAUCCGGUCAAGAAGCGGUUCCUUGAACAUGAGGAACGCCCGCGCACCGAAAGGCAGCUCCGCGAAUACAUCAACUCGGCGAUCGUCAACACCACCGCGGGAGACGAUCGCUACGCGCACAUCCCAAAACAGGAUCUCGAGAAGGUCGUUAAAGAAUGCCAGGCGAAACUCAGCUGGUUGAACGAUGCCAUUGCGAAAAGCAACGAGACGCCUAAACACCAGGACCCGGCUGUUAGCAUCGAUCAGCUGCACAGGGAGAGGGAGAGUUUGCAUUUGGUAGUGAACCCGAUCUUGAGCAGGCCUAAACCGGCUCCUAAGAAGGAGGAGAAGAAGGAUGAGAAGCCUGCUACGCCUAAACCGGAGGCCCCGAAAGCUGAAGGCGAGGACGAUCGGAUGGACGUUGAUUAGGUUGUAGAGAGCUUUGUCGCCUUCUGUUCCCGUUCGAGUUCUAGGCACCAGAUAGAUUUCCGCAACCUUUUUGUAUAUUUUCCC